AUGGACUUUCGCCAGGCCCUUGAAGCGGGAUCUUCGGCUUCUGCUUCCAGUGACACUCAAGAAGCCAUUUCCCAACAUUUGUACGACCUUUCAUUGCAAGUUGCUUCUCUUGAACAGCAGUUGCGUGCUGUCCGUGCAGAGCUCAGCGACGUCCAGCGCGAGCUCCGGGGCCUGGAAACUGAAAGGUACCAACAUUCCCUCCGCCUGGGGUGGUUGGAAAGGCUUGUGCAGCGAUUGCAUCAGCUUCUUUUGCGGGGGAUGAGUGCUGAAGCUUUUUAUCCGGAUGAGGGGGCCGUCUCGCAGUCUGUGGAAUCAGGUCAGCAGGUCCCUCUGUCUGCCAUACCUGCCAGCCCAAUAUCUCCGCAUUCGGCUGUGGUCGAGGGCACACCUGAUCAGGGUCCCUUAGCGGCCUUCAUGAGCAGCCCCGUCGAGGGCGAUGAUCUUACUGAGGAGCAACUGGGGGGCCUGAUGUCUCGCGAGGACACACAACUUCCCCCUGACGACGACCCGACUGCAGGCCGUUUGGAACAGCAGCUUGCAGGCUUCAUUGCCUACGGCGGCAGUGCAGGUGAUUGGCAUGCCAUGAACUCAGGCUUCAUUCUUGCAAGGCAUUCCCGUCAGGCGAUGCCGUGGGAAAGAGUGACGAGGCCCCGCUUGGGGCCCGGCUUCAUGUUCCAGGAGCCGUUGCUAGGUCGCUUCGACGGUCUUAGGAGGGCGGCGAUCCCCGCCCCUGCAGCAGGGCCGUGGGCAUGGGUGCCCAAAGGAACUUACGAGGCCAGGCGACUUCUCGCAGCAAGGUUUGCCAAAAGCGAUGACAUGCUUAGGCUUACCGCACUUAAGAAAAUUCGGCUCAUCGUGCUUUUCUUCCCGGAUGACUCGGAGCUUGGAAGGAACCUUGUGGGUUCUGCAGGCUCCCUGGUGGAGGAAUCCAUGCUGACCUCGACCAUCGAGGACACCUUUUCAGGCAGAGCCGCCAGCACCCUUCUGAAGCGUGCCUCAGAUUUCUCAAGGUUCGCCAAGUGGAUCGUAGCUAGCAAAGGGCGCCCUCUGGCGCCUUCCGAGGGCGAGUUGUACGCUUAUAUGCUCCACUUGCGACGAGAGAAAGCAGGAGCCACUGCCGGCGAGUCUUUUCUCAAGGCCUAUAGGUUCUUUGUGCACUUGACAGGGGCUGCGCAAGGCUCCAGGAUUUCCCCUCGUGUGCAGGGAGCAGCCAAGGCGAUGUCCAUGGGCAAACGGCCGCUCUGGCAAGCUCCGCCCCUUCCGGUGGAGGCAGUGCGGCUCUUGGAAGAAUUCGUCCACGACUCUGAGGAUUAUGCCAGGGCUAGCAUAGCAGGGUUCAUUCUUUUCUGCCUCUACUCCUCGGCUCGAUGGUCGGAUGCAGCUCGAGGGACUGACUUGAGCAUUGACGUGGCAGGUAACGGGCUUGUCCUUCUUGAGUGUUCGACAAAACAUUACAAGACGAAGGCCAAGGACCGAAAGGAUACCGUGCUGCCUUUGAUUGCACUGGGCAGUGGCUUAACUCAGCCCUCAUGGGGACGUGUCUGGAUGCGCAAGAGGGCCCUGGCAGGGCUACCGGACUGUGCCGUAAUCAUGCCGGCCAUGUCGCCGGGAGGGAACUUUCUAGGAAGGGCCAUGACGGCUGCGGAGGGUUCCUUGUGGCUUCGUGAGUUUUUGCACUUGCAGGGUUUCACGGGAGAUCUUGAACAGUACAGCUCACACAGCCUGAAAGCAACCGCCUUGUCCUGGACGGCCAAGAGCGGGACCAUGACCUACGAGGAGCGCCUUACUCAGGGGCAUCAUUGCAGUCCAAAGCACGGCAUGGCUCUCCUGUACUCGAGAGAUGCGCUUGCAGAAAUCAUAGUGAAGGUGGCCAAGGUCGUGAGUGCUGUGAGCAGGGGAGUGCUUAGUCCCGAUCUCCCGCGAGCCGAGAGGGUCGCAAGAGCUCUGCAUGGCGAUCCGGCCGAUUUUGCACAUCUUCCUGAGACGACGGCUGAGGAUUUGCCGGCCGAAGAGCCUCAGGAUGAGAACAACUCCGAGGCUGGGUCUGACAUAACGAACCUCGACGGUCUCGAAGUGGACCUGGGGGCACCGGCCCCGGAGGAGGUCCGUCCACGGCUUAGCUGCACGUUCUCGGGAGAGACCUACAUGCACGUCUUGAGUGGAGUGGUGCAUAAGUUGGUCAACCCCGGAAUUUUUAAGUGCGGCAGGAAGGUCACGGCGAACAUGCGUUUGAUGGGGCCUGAGGAGGCUCAGGAGAAUGUCUGCCAGCAGAUGUGCUCAGUUGAUCGUUUGCUGAUUUGCGACGUCGUGCCUAUGCCAUUUGAGAUGAGGGUGCCCGGGCCGAUUGAGAUCAGUGGAGUGCCGCCUGUGAUCGGUGGCGAAGAAGUGUGUCUCAUGGCCGGACUUGAAUCGGUGCCUGCCUUCACCGACCGAGCAAAGCAGAUCGGCAUCAGCGAGGACCUUCUGACCAAGCUCCUUGCUAAGAGCUUGGACACCUUCGGCAAGCUAGCUUUCGUGUGCUCGAGCAAACCUUCCAGCGGGGAUGACACUCCUCUCUUCGAAGCCCUGAAGACUUUGAUUGGGAGUGAGGUUCCAGUGGAACAACAUAUGGUGAUCAGGCGAUUGUGGUACGAGAGCCACGCCCACGCCCUGGUUGACUUGGAAUCGAGGGCUUCGAGAACAAGUGAUACAAGCCCCCGCGAGCUUCCGUUGGCAGAACGCCUAACACGCUUGAAACGCCAAAGGGGGGAGCUUAAAGGCCUCGAGAUGGAUAUCCACACAGAACCUGGACACGGCCUUGUGGACCGCGUCCAGGCCAUGCUCGAUUCUGCACAAGUGCUGCACAUCGCGCCGGAAAAGUGCAUUUCCCGCCAUGACGAAAUCUUGGGAGAGAAGACGGAGCAAAAGAUCUCUUUGGGAGCCGAUGGGAACAUCAAGAUUACGAAGCAAGCCUCGAGUCUCCGUUGCGAGACUACCGGCGAGCUCAAGCUUCGCCGGUGCUUCCUGCGCCGGGCCUUAGCGUUCGAUCAAGUAGGGCUUGCCUCCUACACUGCAAUGGAGUCUUGGCACAACCGCAUGUUCCAGGCACUGCUUGAUGUGCCUCCGGCGGGUUAUCGCUACACUACCGUUCAGCAGCUGCUCGCAGCUGACCAGAAGCUUUGGCAGGUCGUGGCCCAGGAGAGCCGAGGUGACAUCGUCGUCGGGGUCGGAGCCCCGGCUCCUCUUGAUAAGCACAUAGCCGCUGCUGCAACCAAUCAGUUUGUGGUAUCCUGCCUGACCCACCUUCCUAAGCCUGCCGAGAACCAGGCCCAACCGUGGAAGCCGAAUAAGGGACCCGACAAGGGCAAUCAGAAGGGAGAGAAGGGUAACAAGGGCAAAGGCCGCGGCAAAGGGAAGCAGAAUCACAGCCAAGGCCAGGCUGAUGCAUCCUCGCAACCGUCCCUGAAGGAGCUGCUGGAGUCGUUGCCCGAGGGCUGCGUGCGGGCCAACGAUGAUGGCCGUUUCAUCUGCCCGUUUUACAACAAGGGGAUCUGCCGCUUCCAGAAACGCAAGUCGUGCCGCUUCGGAAAGCAUGUGUGCAACUUCAAAGGGCUUUUUGAUGCCUUGCCGCAUGAGCAGUGCGACCGAGACGCCGAAGGGCUUUUUCCACAGACGGUGCGAGUGGUGAACAGGUUUGUAGCCUCUUUGCUUGAAGGUGCCGUUUACACGAGUUUUGCCAUUUUUGAUCAGGUGUGCACUCGGCCACACCGAGAUUCACAGAACGCCUUUUCUCCGAACUAUGUGAUCCCCUUGACCAUUUUCCAAGGGGGAGCUAUCCGGGUAAGCGAGCCAGAUCGGACCGUGGAUUUGCAAGUAUCCCGCGGGCCGGUCAAAUUUUGUGCCAGAGAGUUCGAACAUCGCACAUUGCCAGCCACUGGGCGCCGGGUUGUCCUAGUGCUUUUUGCCUUGCAGGCCGGAGGGCGCCUCUCAGGUGCCGAUCGCCGGGUCCUGCUCGAUUUGGGUUUCCCCUUGCCUUCUGAUUCGCAUCUUGCUUCCAAGGAGGCCUGCGCCUCGCAGCAGGUUUCAGUCACGGAACAGAUGAGGCAGCUUCUCCCCUUGAAGACGCCCGCAUCGCCUUCAACACAGCCUGCACCCAGUGCCGAGCGGCCCAGUGCUGCCUCAGCUUCGUCCGGGACCCCUGAGGGCUGCAACUCCCUGUCGAAACAGGGCCCCUCUUCGGUCCCCCGUCCGCCUUUGCUUGUUGAUUGCCUCGCGGAAGCGGGAUCCUUGUCGGCCGCCGCCAUGCGGGCUGGAUGGGAUGCCUUGUCCCUGGGCCACAAAGGCGGUGCCCCAGAGUCCUGCCCUCGAGUACCGCUGGACCUCUCCACUGGCGAUGAUCUGCAAGCUUUGCUCGAUUUCGACCGGAACACUUUGGUUGACUGGUGGCAUUUCAAUCUGUUCUUGAAAUCUUGCAAUCAGGGGCGUGAUUCCCGAGGUCGAUCCAGCCUUCGUGAUGCCUCUCACUUGCUAGGGCGGGAUGGCCUUCCCGCUCUUGCCGCCUCCCUGGUGCUGCGUGACAACGGCUUGGUGCAAGCCGUGGUCGACCUGCUCUUCCGAGCCUACGAAACUCGAGCCCUCGUUAGCCUGAUCGCUCCGGCUCGGAGUUGGGUCUGGAGCCUCCUCGCCCAUUUUGUCAAAAGGAGGCGGCAUUCGGGUUUUCUGCAAUGGUUCUUCGCCUUAGCUGAUCAAGAGCUUGACACUUGCAUGUUCGGUGCCCCCUUCUUGACCUCGCUGCGGGUCCGAGCUGAGUCCCUCUCCUUCCCAGGCCUCAGUCGGUGUUGUGAUAAGUCCCAUAAACAUCAAGCUUGGGUUCCUCCUUCGACGGCUGGGAAUUUUAGUGAUGCCUCGCUUCCUGCUGAGUUGUGCCAGACACUUUGUCGGUCCGCCACUGCUGCCUGCAAAGGAUUGCAGCCCCACAAGGUUGACUUCCUGCAUAGCCGGCACCUUCGAGCUCAGGUGCGAGCGGCAGCGGCCAAUCAGCCCACUUUUAUGCCUCCCUUAAUCCCUGAGUUUCGGGUUAGGGUCCCUCUGUCCCAAGUGCCGGCUGGAGCUGAUUUCAAGAUCCUCUCCCAAGGCCGCGGCUCUAGUGCGGGGGAUUGUGAUGAGCCGAAUCCUUCCAAAAGGGUCCGGACGCAUAAAGACGGUAAAGCCGGGGACUUGGCAGGUGUGUACUUUUCCAUGGAGGAGCACCUGCAUCGCGCAUGUGAGCUACCUAGCCCGGCGGAUAAUAGCACUCGUUUGCCCGAUGCCGUGCGUCGCAACAUCUUUGCCAUUCUUACGGAAGGCCCUGUGGCCGUGUCCAAGCGGCGGAUGCUUGAACUGAAAUCCUUGAAUGACCGGAUGGCGGCGCUUUCUGCGGCUGAGAAGGAGCUGCGAGCCAAGAUGCAUCCGGACGUGGAGCGAGUCACCAAAGGCAAGGCCCUAGCAUUGUUUCGCGAGCUUCUUGAGGAAACGGGCUUUCCUGACUUGGCGGUGGUGAACCUCCUUUCCGAAGGAGUGCCACUGGUCGGUCAAGAAGCCGAGUCCCCUUUGUUUGCCAAACGGCCGAAGCCUAAAGACCUUGAGCCAGAUCAGCUCAAAACCCAGGCCGCUCUGCGGAGGCGUGCAUUGCAGAAGAUGAAAGGGCUUACUUCAGAGCAGGAUUACAAGGCGAUGAAGGCUGAGACUUCCGAGGAGCUGGCAGCGGGCUUCCUCACGGGUCCAUAUCACACGGAGCAGGAAGUCAGCGACAUCUUGAAGACCGACGCUUGGUCGCUUUCCCCCCGUUUCCUUUUGAGGCAGGGUGAAGACGCCAAGAUAAGGAUAAUCGAUGAUUUUAAGAUGUCCGCAGUCAACAAGGCUUUCGGCUCCUCUUCUUUCCUAGAGCUUCAGGAUACGGAUUACGCGGUCGGCCUCCUGAGGUUUCUUUCCCGCGUGCUGCAAGAUCGCUCCAACGUCCGGGUCCCCCUGUCUGAUGGCACCUUGCUUGAGGGGGACUGGGAUCCUGAGAUGCUCCGCCAGCCCGCUCUGCUUGGUAAGACACUUGACUUGAGCAAGGCCUACCGCCAGGUGAGCAUCCACCCUUCCACGAGGGAGCAUGCUGUCCUUGGCUUCCCUAACCCACAGGGCAAGUGGGAGUUUUACAUAGCCCAGAGCCUGCCUUUUGGUGCUGCUGCCAGCGUGUAUGGGUUCAAUAAAGUAGCACUUGCGAUCCUUCAUAUCAUGGUUGUCAAGUUCGCUGCGAUCGCGACUGACUUUUAUGACGACUACACAGUGUAUGAAUUUCGCCCAGCUGCUUUCUUGUUGGACAAAGUCCUGAUGAGGCUGCUUGACCUGCUUGGGUGGUCCUAUGCAAAGAGUGGGCGGAAAUUUGUUCCCUUUGACAACAAGGUGGUCUCCUUGGGUGUUUCUUUGGGCCUUGACGAGAUAUGGCAGGGCACUCUCAAGGUUGAGAAUAAGCCUGGACGACUUGAGAAAAUUGCCGCACUCCUUCGUGCAAUAGCCCAGGGAGGAGCUGUGACGAGAAGUGAUGUGGCUUCGCUUCAUGGCUUGAUUAACUUCGCCGGGGGUCUGAUUAUGGGCUUCGAGCUUAAGCCAACUUCCCGGAUGCUGACACGGGCUUUGUCAGGGCCCUUCCUGGGCAACACGCCUGAGCUUCGGCGAGCUUGUGAGCUUGCUCUGGAUGUCAUCGCGCAGUGCAGGCCGAAGCGCUGCCCGGCCACGAUUCUGCCACCUGUAGUGCUCUACACGGAUGGGGCCUUCGAGAAAGGGCGAGGCACCUGGGGAGCGAUUCUUGUUGAUGCUUACACGAGCUCCCGAUGGGUUUUCGGGGGAGAAGUUUGCAAACCGCUGAUGGAUCACUGGGGCAGAGAGGCUGGCGCCCAAGUGAUUUGCCAGGUUGAAGCCUACGCUCUGGCGAUUACCUUGUUCGGGAUCCGCGGCCUCCUCAAAGGUCGCUCGGUCCUAGCUUGGAUCGACAACAAUGCAUGCCUUUAUGGAUUCGUGAAGCGAUACUCGCCGUCGGCUUCGCUGAUGCGCCUCAUCUCAUUGGGGGCCUUGAUGGAGAGCUCCAUGGAGGCGCUUAUGUGGUUUGAGCGGGUUCCCUCAAAGAGUAACCCGGCGGACCUUCCGUCGCGGGGACUGUUUGCCCAGGCCUGUGAUCGUUUUCAAGCCAUAAACAAGGGGGACGUGGCAGCCACCGACACGAUGUUGGACUUCAUUCGUGCUCCCAAUUACGAGCCGAAGCUAGCCCAGGCGAUUCUUUCGUCGGCUAGGCUGGAAGCCGAUUGGGCUGCGGAAGCUGUGCAGUGA